UGUAGCAUGUUGAAUAACCGAAGCACUGCGCGAAUCGUUCCUUCUUGGGACAUGUGCAUAGAAGCCUUAUUUAACUCACAUCUGCCGAUGAAGUUCGCUUUUACUGGACGGCUUUCAUUACAUGAUAUCACUCAAGAUGGAUUUUACGUGCUUCGAAGAAACGUUUGCACAUUUCCUAUAUUGGACGAUAUCCUUCGAUUCAAAUUCUGUCCUCUGGAACCUAUCUAUGUAGUUAAUUGCAGUGAACCAGAAGAUUGUAAUCAAGUGAAUAUGGAAGAAUCGAAAGAAGCAAUUACUCGUGGCGUUUUCUUGUCGACCGAAAUAGCAAAUUUAACAUUGGAUACCAAAUUUGGUACUCUUCAGCGUGAUACUUGUCUCUAUAAUUACGUAGAAUUAUUUAAAUGCAAAUUAAUCGCUAAUGAAUCGAGAAACGUAGUAUCAAAAACAACAAAAGGAUUCAUAAAUAUCAAUUAUAUAGUCUCCCGUGCUCAGAUGUUAGCUAAAUUUGUUUCUCAACAAAUGUCAGGACCAGAUCCUCUUAUUACAUGCGUGGAUCACCAAUUGGAGAUUCAUUUGAAAGAGAUCAAAGACACCAUAGAAACUAGCGUAAUACCAUUGGGAAUGUUACGAGUUGGUUCUUAUUUCGAAAGAGCAUUGCUUUUCAAAGUGAUCGCCGACAGAAUACAUUUACCUGCUGCCUUGGUGCGAGGAGAGUAUGGUAAAGCUUGGAUCGAAAUUGCUGUACCGGAGGUGAGAGUUCCAGCGGAAGAAAAUAAAUUUCACGCUUAUAUAGACAGAGAUAUAACCUGUCCAGAAAUUGUUACGAUUUAUCAACCUCUGCAACAAUAUCAACAUAAAUACAUAGAUCCGAAUCUAAUCUUCGAAGAUCGUGCUUCAUCAAUUUUUCCAACAAAGCUGUUGAAACCGAAUUUCAUCGUCGAUUUGAUGGAUUCUCCUGGAGACUUGAUUCCAAUUGACAGUCAACGAGCCAGAAAAUACCGCGAAAAAAAAUUAAUCUGCGAGAUUACAUGUUAAAACAAGUGUUAAGUCGCAAGAUUUAUUUCAUCGAGAUUUUAACUUCUUCACUUCCAUUUGCACUCUCACCUUCUUUGGACUCUGUUAAAAAUCUAAAACUUAAAAAAGUGUUUAUAUUAAUAUAAACCGCAAGAAUUUUAUUUACAAUGACAAUAUGCAUUUAUGGAUAGAAAUAGAAUCGAUUGGUCUUUAAUUAAUGAAAUUGACCAACGUCUAUCUUUAUCGAGUCAACAACGAUUAAAGUGACGACUUUAAUGCUAUUGUUGCAUCAUUGAAUGUUUAAUAAAUUACUUUUUACGUUAGUAAAGGAGGAGCACUUUGUUUCUUGUUUAAUUUGUUCCAGAUAAAUACAUGUUAAAACUGAUUAAUUCGAAUGUUUUCCCAAUUCUCCAAGUUUCACUAAUCCAAAGAAACUAUUCUCCUUAUCGAAAAUAGCGAAUCUCGGCGAGCUAGCCUCCUUGAAAACUAAAACGUCUUCCUUUCUAAGAGGUGUCACUUGAGCUGAGAAACAGGUUU